AGGAAGGAAAUUUAGCUGUAGAUAUUCAAAGAUCCAAGGAAGGAAGAAAGGAAGGAAGGAAAGACUAUGCACACAAUUCUUGUAAGCAAAUGGUGGAAUGAAAAGAUGGUCAUGUUAAUUUCCUAAUAGAACUAAGAAAACUUUGUAUUGACAGAAAAGAGGAAUAGGAACAGGGUAUAAAUCAACUCUAUGGAAGCAGCUGCUCAGAAAGAGAUACGUAUAGCAACCCCAAUUUCAACUGAAAGCCAGGGCUGUUACCUCACCUGCUGACAUCACAGAGAUACUGACAUGAUCCAGAUAUUUCUCUUUGUUUCCAGUGCUGCUCAUCUGAAGGGAGAGUUUGAGUAUCGGAGAAAGAAAGGGGGACCUCUCUCUCGCUAUGGAGGUGACUCGAUAUCAGUUCUCUAGGUCAGCCAACAAUUCUGAGGAAAGGGUCCUUGCUCACUAUAGUGAGGUGGUAUUAUUUCUGGAAGGAGAACCAGAUAUUCCAGAAGAACUCCAAGGUGCCAAGAAAGGGAUGCUGUACCUCACUCAAUACAAAAUAAUAUUCCAGCAUAAAGAUAAGGGAUCAACCAUCAUUCGUUUUCCACUGCAGCUGUUGGGAGAUUGCUUUCUGGAGGAAGAGCCCGACUUCAAACCUCAACACAUCAAAGGAACUCUGACUUCCACCCAGGGACUUCUUGCUUUCAAAUUCACUUUCCAGUAUGGAGCUUCCGAUUGCCUAAACAUGAUCAAAGAUCUAGUAGAUUCAGAUAUUUUGAAAGAGGCUACGAAUCUCCAAGAAUACCCCACCGCCUCCAUCUAUACCUACGCUCACCCUGCUGCACCACAGACAACCCGUAAGUACAGGCGUGCAUUAUUUGUCCUUACCCCAUUUCCCAAAGGUGCUUUUCCAAGAGGCGCAACUGGAUUUUCUUGGAAGUCGUUUUGCUUCUCA